AUGGCCUCGAAACCUUCAUUUUUGUCACCCACGGUAAAAUCCUUGUGGGACAUCUUCCGUGGGACGAAUUCUGCGGGAUCACUCCCACUGGAGUUCUCAAGUUAUAGCGAUCUCAUCACGCCCGACCUUACAUGGCCCCGGCGUGUAAAUCAAGAUCCUGACACAUUCUACUCGCACCUGGCGCGAGACUUGCGCGUCAUUAUGCAUUCUGUGCACGAAAAAGUGAUGGCCACGGAUGGACCUUCUCGAAAUCUCCCAUGGCUUUCGCAUCCACAGCUCUUUAAUGAGAUCGUUCAGGACUUUAGGCAAGGUAGAUACCGCUGUCAUGCCACGCUCAUGCUGAUGUGUCCCAUCUUGGAACGCUCCUUAGGGAACAUCUUAUUCAGUCGGGCCCCUGAUGUCGCCAUCCCGCCGCUUCUAAGGGAUCUGGUGAGCUCCCGACGUCUUAUCACUGUCAUUGGCAGAAGUAAUGCCAUAGUACUUGAUCUUUUCUUUGGAUCGCCUCAUUCGGUCAAUCUAAGGAACAUCAUCUGGCAUGGAUUUGCCCAAGACAGUGAUCUGCCAAGUGUUUUCGUUACCAAUAUUUAUUUCCUGUGCGCGAGCAUUCAAAUUCGGAUCAGUGACGGCGGAGCCAUUGUUCCAAGACCAUUCAUAGUUUUAGCCCCCGAUAUUGAAUUUCCGCAAGAAACCCCGGAUGAAUCAAGUGACGAAUGUCCAGAUUUGAGGAACGCAAUCCGGAGCCACCACCAUCUCUUGAUAACCGCUGAAUUGUUGAUCAAAAUGGAAUUUCAAUUACGCCGUAUUUUCUGUGCCGUUAAUAAGUGCCACCAAAGAACACUCACGGCUGAAAAUUCCAGGGUCUACAUCACGUUUAAGGAAAUGUUUUCUUCCACAAUCGAUGAUAGUGGAACGGAAAACAAAUUAUUAUCCUUCCUGGGUGUUGACGUCCUGAAUUUGCUCAUGGAUCUGCUGAUUUUACCUAAAGGCCCCAGAAUUCGCGAUCGUUUAGGCCACGGCGAGCUUGAUUUAAGUCAAUCCGAGAACUUUGAAAAGUGGGCCAAAACCGUAACAUUCGUCAAGAUACGAAUCGCAGAGAGCGAAACGGAUAAGGUUGUAGAAUGUCAAUAUCGUCCUCAAUUCCAUCCAAUUUUCAUCGUUAUAAGAUCAAUCGAAACCUUGGUGCCGACAAUCUGUGAUUUGCAGUCCUCAAUGGGAACGGCGUCCAAGGACUUUGCUCAAGUUCUCGAUUUGGAGGUCGAUCCCUUGCCCGAUCUUUCUUCGUGGAGAGACACUAUCUUGACUAGAUGCCAGGGCAUCCCUUUCAACCUAUUGGACCGCCCCCCGCCUGAAUGUUCAGUGAUAUCUAUUGUCAAUCGUUGGACUCGGGCUUUAAAGGAUUUCACUGUGGUUCUCGCCAAGGACGUACAUCAAAGAACAAGAAAACUACACUCCCAAGAGUCGAGUUUGCGUCACUUGUCUUCAUCACGAAAGUUAUUCUCCAUGUUCCAAGUGGUGUCUGAAACUGUUUUGAAAAGUAUCAUUUCUCUAACCUUCGUUUUGAAGGACUUGCAAUCCUUGGAUCCCAUGGCUCUGGGCCAAAUUCAAAAAACCUUGAAGCAGACAUGUAUCAUCACCGAAAAGACAGUAGCCCUUGUCGAUAAGAGCAAAUACGAUGAACUGAAAUACGCUUUGACGGCCUGGUUCAACUUAUUAACGGAUUUGCCUCAUUCCCAAUAAAUCUGUGAUACCUCCAAUUGUUA